AUGGACGCCUUCUUCACCAUCGCUUCGCCCGUGCCCGCCGACGAGCCCGUCGAGGACAUCCUCGUCGACGCCGAGUCCACAGGAUCCAGCGGAAACCACGGCAGCUGCAUCAUCGCAUGA